AUGAAAUAUUUUUAUCUUUUAUUGCCAUUUACAUUUGGGGAAUUCUGCGAGGACUGCGAUUAUGACUACAAUCCUGAUUAUGAAGACCCAAUCAUAGCCAAUGUUCCUACUCAUCUACAAGAAGUAACAAAGAGACAUGGGCGGAAGAACGAAGAUCUUCAUCCGAUACAAAAAAGCAAACUUGAACUGCUCGUACCGAUUCGCGUUACUGUUCAGGCCAUAAAGGAAAUACUCAAGGAGAAAUUCGAUCUUCGGCUUGAUAAGGAUGGAAGAAUUCCUCUAAAAGGGUGCUUAAAUAAUCAUCCUAAACAAGACAUAUUAUUUGAUGGUUGCAAUCUCAAGGACAAAUGGACACUGAGCUCUCUAGGAAUCGGCUCUGGCGAAGUACUACGAGCAUUUGAUCGUGAAGAACGCCGUGUCGUCCUUUACGUGUACUCUGCUUUCAACGAGCAAGUUUACCAGCUUUUUGAUGAGCUUGACUUUCAAGUCUCAACUGUUGUUUCCCGGGAAACUGGUCUCCCAGUUUCUAUUUUCCGGCUAGUCACUGGAAGCGGAAUCGAACUCUUUGACAACUUCCCGUUCACUCGUUAUUAUGAACUUCAACGCGGGUGUACUCUGCGACUUGACAUUUGGGAUGGGUGGAAAAAUUUGCUCAACUACGCCCUGAACGGUCAAGUGAAACGGUUCCUGUUCUCACUCUCCAAAAUCGAAAAGCUCGCCAAGUACCAGGCAAAAGUCGGCUUGUAUAUCGCUGCACAUUUGGGGCUGUCCGACAUGGCCGAACAGUUGACGUCCAAAAAGUCGUCGACGGCGGUGAAUCCAGGAGAAAGUAUUGGGCUCCAUCCGGCACGGGAAUGGUGCAAGAACCCCAGCGAUCACAUCGAAUGUGGAAAAGCUUCGAUACAUGUCGCUGCGCAGCGUGGAAAUCUCCACAUUAUAAAAAUCUUCGUCGCCAACAAUAUCAGCUGUCUGUUCGCUCCCGAUUGGAGCGACGCAAAAGCAUGGAACUAUGCACUCAGAUACAAACAGAAGCCCUGUGCACGCUAUCUGCUAGCGAAAUGCUUUGGAAAAGUCCCGUAUGGAAAAGGAGUGUCAGCGAACCAGAUUUCAAUCAGCGUCGCGGUCAAAAUGAGACUCUGGCUGCAGAGGUCGCGUGAACGCGUGUACGUUAAUAAACGCUUUGCUUCAAACACUAUUAUCAGCAAAAGCCUCAGUCAACUUCAAAUGAGCGGAUCAGCGGUGGCAAUAGAUGGCCCAAGAUAUAUGAAUAAUAUGCGAUCAGAUGCAAAAGAUCGAAUGAUGUAUUUAUCCGUCGAUGAGCUUCAGCGCAAAAGAUACUGGAAGACUGGAAACGAAAAAGAAGUUGCGCGGUUUCAAAAAGUAGUCCGUCGAUAUUCCGUUUUUCAUUCAAGUAGUAAAAUAAUUGAAACUGGAGCGGCUAGAUUUCGCGAAAAGAAAUCUCCGAAAACCGCUCCCCGGCUGAAAAAGACGAUCUCUGUUCAAAAUGUCUUUCUAACGCAGCUCGCAAAUCAAGAAUCAGAAGAGCCACUGAUUCCCGAUAGUUUACCAAUGGCAACCGCUGCCGAGCGCGAUGAAAAGAUUCCACUUCCAGCCAGUUUUUCUACCUCAGAGCCUGCUUUCAUGCUGGAACGAAGUUUCAAGAAAAACUGCCGGGAAAACAAUUUGUUGCCAAGGGAUUCAAAUUUUGACGCAGCAAACCUUCUAAGCAUGUCUGUUGCAUUCAAGAAAAAACCAUUUUUACGCCAGGUUGACAUCGCUCGUAGAAUGGCGCGGGAAUACCGACUAGAAGGACGCCUCCAAUCAACGAUGAGCGCUCGCACCCAGUCUAAGCUGCAUCGAUUGCUUGUAUAA